AUGCAUUGGUUGUCUAUUCUCAGUUGUUUUACGAUGUUCAAAUGCUAUUUAAAUGUGACUUGUAACACUGAUCAUGGUGCCAAUCUUUCGUUAUUUGCUAUACAUGCAAGAUUCUGGUCAAGGAACUUAACUAAGUGCCUCAUGAAGUUGUUCUUUGACUUAUCGUCACGUAAAAUUUUUCAUAUCGAGGCGAUCGGAACGAACGACAUGAUUCGACCUGGUUGCACCAGCACGAGGUAUGAUGGACAGAGAAUCUUUGUGCUAAGCUGUGUUUGCGACAACCAGGAUUACUGUAAUAAUUUGUUUACAGUUAAUGAUUAUCUCGAAAAACAGCCGAUUAGUAAUAAAACGAGAGAGAUUAUUGAGAUCAACAAAGCACUGCGAGGAUAUCUUUAUGGGACAAUCAAGGUGGACAAAUUGCGAGGAACAGUUUCUCUUCUUUCUGCCAUCAUAGUCCUAUGGUUUUUGGUAGCCAUCGUUUUGGGACAUUUUCUCAUCACUGUUUAUUUCCUUGGAGCUAUACCUGAGAAAAAAUGA